AGUGCGCGGCGGGGACGCGGCGGGUGCGGGUCCCGCUCGCUCCCGCUGCCGCCUGUGUCCGUCCCCCCCACCCGCCCAGGCCCCGCGAUGUCGGAGAAGGAGAACGUGAACCCCGCCAUGGCCGAGGCCAGGCCGCUGCUCCCCCGGCGGGUGCCGUGUAAGGACGUGGAGGAGGCCGAGGCCCUGCCCGAAGCGGGGCAGGACCCGCUGGAGGCCGGUGCGGAGCCAGCCCCAGUGCCCCAGCCGUGAGUGGGGGGACUGGGGGUGCUAUGCGGGGGGCUUGUGAGCCUUUAGGUGGCGUGAGGGGCAUCCUUGAGUGAAUAAAGGAAGAUCUUCUCAAUGGAUGACUUCGAGGUGGGGCGGCCCCUAGGACGGGGCAAGUUUGGGCGCGUGUACCUGGCGCGGGAGCGGAGCUCCAAGGUGCUGGUGGCCCUCAAGGUGCUCUUCAAGUCCCAGCUCGAGAAGGAGGGGCUGGAGCAUCAGCUCCGCCGCGAGAUCGAGAUCCAGGCGCACCUCCGGCACCCCAACAUCCUGCGUCUCUACAACUACUUCCACGACGAGCGCCGCGUAUUCCUCAUCCUCGAGUUCGCGCCACGGGGGGAGCUCUACAAGGAGCUGCAGCGCUGCGGCCGCUUCGACGCCCCCCGCACAGCCACGCUGGUGGAGGAGCUGGCGGAUGCGCUGCAGUACUGCCACAGCAAACGUGUCAUCCACCGGGACAUCAAACCCGAGAACCUGCUCCUCGGCUUCCUCGGCGAGCUCAAGAUCGCUGACUUCGGGUGGUCCGUGCACACCCCCUCGCUCCGGCGGCGCACGCUGUGCGGGACCCUGGACUAUCUGCCCCCCGAGAUGGUGGAGGGGAGGGCACACGAUGAGAAGGUGGAUCUGUGGUGCCUGGGGGUGCUGUGCUUCGAGCUGCUCGUGGGGGCCCCCCCCUUCGAGAGCCCCUGCGUGGCCGAGACCUACCGCCGCAUCACCAAGGUGGACCUGCGCUUCCCGCCCGUGGUGCCAGAGGGCGCCCGCGACCUGAUCACGCGGCUGCUGCGCUACAGCCCCCCCCAGCGGCUGCCGCUGGCGCAGGUGCUGCAGCACCCCUGGGUGCGGGACAACUCCCGCCGCGUCCUGCCCCCCGGCUACGGGCCCCCGCAGCGCCCCACGGCGCCCCAGAGAGACCCGCAGUGACCCCCUGCGCCCCCCGCCUCGCGGUGACCCCCAAUAAAGCUGUUGUUGUUGUUGUUUUUAUACA